AGUGGUGGCGAGUGACGACGCUUUUCUCAAGACCCUGAAGCGGUACAGCUCAGAGAUCCCUAUUCGGAAACAAAGACGCAGGGUGCUUCAUUACCACACUGUUUAAGAAACCUCUGCUUCUUCUCUCUCCUCCGCCGACAUUAUUAUCUCGUCUGGGGUGGACAACGCUCCAAGGCUAAAAAAGCAGGCGAACAAGAGGAGAAGCAAAGUUGAGGAACCAUUUAUCCUCUUUGCGGAAAGAAGCAUGAGGGUUUAUUAAAAAAAAGAAAAAGAAAAAGAAAGAUUUGAUCUUGGCUUCUUUUCUGAACAUUUCCCCAUAGUAGCAUUUGGCUUAGAAAGGGAAGAAGAAACAGAGGAAAGAGGAGAAUGGGACGGUCUAAGAGACUGGCUUGUCUCUUUCUGUUAGUUUUGCUGGUUACCUGCGCAAUUGGAGAUGACCCUUACAAGUUCUACUCUUGGAAUGUCACUUAUGGAGACAUUUAUCCUCUUGGAGUUAAACAACAGGGGAUACUGAUUAACGGCCAAUUUCCAGGUCCCCAGAUCGAAUCAGUGACCAACGAUAACUUGAUUGUCAAUGUUUACAACAGCUUGGACGAACCUUUUCUCAUCUCCUGGAAUGGAGUGCAGCAGAGGAGGAACUCAUGGCAGGAUGGAGUUUAUGGGACCAACUGUCCAAUCCCGCCAGGGAAGAACUUCACUUUCGUCCUUCAAGUGAAAGAUCAGAUUGGUAGCUAUUUCUACUUCCCUUCUCUUGCAUUCCACAAGGCUGCAGGAGGCUAUGGUGGCUUCAAAAUUGCUAGCCGCUCUGUCAUUCCUGUACCUUUCCCUCCUCCAGCGGGGGAUUUCACCAUCUUGGCAGGAGACUGGUACAAGAGAAAUCACACUGAUUUGAAGGCCAUAUUAGACGGUGGAAGUGAUCUUCCAUUCCCUGACGGGCUCGUCAUUAAUGGCCGCGGUUCUAAUGGUUACACAUUCACAGUUGAUCAAGGUAAGACUUACAGAUUCAGGAUAUCCAAUGUGGGGCUGACAGCAUCCAUUAACUUCAGAAUCCAAGGGCAUAAAAUGCUACUGGUUGAGGUGGAAGGAACCCACACUCUCCAAAACACUUAUAGUUCUCUUGACAUUCAUCUUGGCCAGACUUACUCCGUAUUGGUCACUGCUGAUCAACCGCCACAAGACUACUACAUUGUCGUCUCCACAAGAUUCACCUCCCAGGUGCUUUCUACGACCUCCAUUCUCCAUUACAGCAACUCAUCUUCCUCUGUUUCUGGCCCUCCCCCUGGCGGCCCAACCACCCAGAUUGAUUGGUCUUUAGAACAAGCUCGAUCUCUCAGGCGUAAUCUGACAGCAAGUGGACCAAGGCCUAAUCCUCAAGGAUCGUACCAUUAUGGUAUGAUCAAUACAACACGUACAAUUAGGCUUCAAAAUUCCGCGCCAAUCAUCAACGGGAAGCAGAGAUAUGCCGUGAAUAGUGUGUCCUUUAUUCCUGCUGAUACACCUCUCAAGCUUGCUGAUUACUUCAAGAUCUCAGGAGUUUUCUCCCUUGGAAGCAUCCCAGACAACCCCACUGGCUCCGGUGGUUACCUUCAAACUUCUGUUAUGGCUGCCGACUUCCGUGGCUUUGCUGAGAUUGUCUUUGAGAAUCCUGAAGACACCCUGCAAUCUUGGCACAUUGAUGGCCACAACUUCUUCAUCGUAGGGUGA